AUGUUCUUGGUCGUUAGCUUGUUCGUUGAGCUUGGCAACUUGGUUGCAAACGUUUCAUCACCAAACGAGGUGACAUCAUCAGCCCGUAGUUCACAUUUGUUCAGUCGAGGCAAUCUGGAUUUAUUUCCGAGUGCCUUUAAAAUUGUUCGGAUGUAUUUGUUUGGCCAUCGAACUAAACCAAUGUCUCUUCGUUCGACAAAGAGGUUUCACAUAUAUCGGCAGCUCAAACUGAGUUUUUCGAAAUAUACUCGAGCUUUAUUGAUUGUUGAUCAGGUGGCUGUUGAUCUGUUCGCCGACCUUGGCAAUUGGUUUGCAAGCGUUUCGUCACCAUAA